AUGGUGAAUGAGGAUCUCGUCAGUAUUCUUCAAUGGUGCCAGCAAAAUAUGUUAGUGGUCAAUCAAGCAAAAAGCAAGGCGUUGUUUGUGAAAGGUGGUCGACGCAACGCCGCUCCGACCAGCUCGCUCCCAAGUAUCCAGCUUGACGAUCUUCAGUGGGACGAACUUAUCAACCAGCAGUGUGGCAAAAUCUACGCAGGACUACGUACCCUCUACAGUUCUACGAGAGCUGCGCCUGUAGAAACCCGACUGAAACUGUUCAAAGCACUUUUACUACCCCAUUUCCUGUUUGGUGACCUUCUCUACGUUAGCCCCAGCGCUGGAGCCAUGGAUAGACUGCGUGUUGCGUUGAACAGCUGUGUACGAUUUGUUUACGGACUAAAUCGAUACUCCCGUGUAAGUCAUCUCCAGAAAAACUUGGUCGGCUGUCCUCUGGAUAGACUAUUUGCACACCGUUCCUGCCUCUUCAUAUGGAAGCUGAUCACAACGCGCUCUCCACCACUCUUGUACCAGAAACUAGUACCCUUCCGAGGCCGUCGCCAGCAAAACCUGAUUCUUCCACGAAACAACACGUUGGCCUAUGCGAGUUCGCUGUUCGUUAGGGGUGCGGUAAACUGGAACAUGCUGCCUGCAGACCUGAAGCGAACUACGUCGGAAGCAACUUUUAAGAGGGGCUGCUUAGCUUUUUGGAACCAAGUGCAGCUGUAG